UUUUUUCCCAGUUAAUGAUUAUCAUGGUUUGCGUAUUCUUUCAUCAGCAAAAGAAAGCUAGAGCAAGUGCUCUAUUUUUGACAAGGCAAGAGCUCAUCCAAGCACAACCAUGAGCAAGCUAAUUCUAAUUGCAGGUCUCUGUCUUUCCCUUGGCAAUUUGGUCUCAUCCUCCAGACUGGUGUGUUAUUUCACUAACUGGUCCCAAUACCGACCUAGCAAUGGGAAGUUUAUGCCUCUAAAUAUUGAUCCAAACCUGUGUACCCACCUGAUCUAUGCCUUUUCUGGUAUUAAUGAGGCUAAUGAGUUAGUCACCAUAGAAUGGAACGAUGACGACCUCUACACAUCCUUUAAUGGGCUCAAACAGAGGAAUCCAAAUUUAAAAACACUGUUGGCAGUCGGAGGCUGGACCUUUGGAACACAAAAAUUCACUACAAUGGUGUCAACACAAGCCAACAGAAAUACAUUUAUCCAGUCUUCUAUCAAACUACUGAGAAAAUAUGGUUUUGAUGGACUAGACCUGGACUGGGAAUACCCCGCUGCAAGAGGAAGUCCUCUCGAGGACAAGCAGAGAUUCACAGUGUUAUGCAAGGAACUCCUAGAAGCCUAUGAGGCUGAGGGAACUGCAACUGGUAGGUCCAGAUUAAUGAUCUCUGCUGCUGUGGCUGCUGGGAAAGGAACCAUUGAUGCUGGUUUUGAAAUUGCAGAGAUGGCAAAGUACCUGGACUUUAUUAAUGUGAUGACAUACGACUUUCAUGGCUCCUGGGAGAGUGUGACAGGACAUCACAGCCCCUUAUACAAGGGAUCCAAAGACACUGGGGACCAUGUUUACUUAAAUACUGACUUUGCCAUGAGGUAUUGGCGGGACAAGGGAACACCUGUAGAAAAGCUAAAUAUGGGCUUUGCUACAUACGGGAGAACAUUUCAACUGUCUACUCAAUCCAGUCAGGUUGGAGCACCAGCCAGUGGUCCCGCUGCUGCUGGUGUUUUUACACGGGAGGCCGGCUUCUGGUCUUAUUAUGAGAUUUGCACUUUUCUUCAAGGGGCCAGUGUCCACUUGAUUGAGGACCAGAAAGUUCCAUAUGCCGUCAAACAAAAUGAGUGGGUUGGAUAUGACAACAAAGAAAGUUUUGAGACUAAGGUGCGUUACCUAAAUGGCAGCAGAUUUGGAGGCGCUUUCGUCUGGGCUCUGGAUCUGGAUGACUUUAAUGGACAGUUCUGUGGACAGGGAAACUACCCUCUCAUCAGCUAUCUCCGCUCUCUUUUGGCUUCAGAUCUUCCUCCCCUUCCCACUACAGAAACCAUUCCAAAUCAAGUGACUCUGUCUACAAACAAAGAUUCCACCACACCUAGUUCCAGACCUUCAAUCACUACUUCAACCAAAAUCCCAGACAACAACUUCUGUGCAACAAAGACCGGUGGGGUUUAUGCCAAACCUGAUGCCCCAGGUUCCUUUUACAAUUGUGCCAAUGGCAUCACCUGGAUCCAAAACUGCCCAGCUAAUUUGGUCUUUCGAGAUAGCUGCAAAUGCUGUGACUGGCCCUAAAAGCUUGCACGUCAUUUUACAUUCGACAAGCUCCGAUAUCUGUAGUCAUCAACAGUGAGCAAAAAUCAUUCUUGUUGAUUCACAAUUUUAUGACUGUGUUUUGUGUUAAAGGGAUAGUUUGGGUUUUUUGAAGUGGGGUUGUAUGAGGUACUUAUCGAUAGUCAGUGCAUUACCUAUAGUAGAUGGGGGUCGGCGCACAGCCAGUUUGGAGAAGCGGGACGCUACGCAUACUGCUUUGCAGCGCACGGUAUUAUGCUGAAGCAGUGCAUAUGCGUAGGAAUAUGGAAGUCCCGCAGUUGAGAAAAUGUAGUGCCAAAGGAAAGGGCUGUCUGACAGCACAGUAAAGCAGUGAGAAUUUUACUUUUAGAGUGUACACUUAUACUGUUACAGAUUUUUUUAGGUCAAACUUUUUUUGGCGGUUAAAAUACACAUUACUGUUGAUCCCCAUUCACAACAAUAUAGAGCUGAGUGUCUGUGGCAGAGCAGCUGUCUGCUUCUCCAAUCUGGCUGUGCGCCGACCCCCAUCUACUGUAGGCAGUACCUCAUACAACACCACUUCCAAAAACCCAAACUAUCCCUGUAAGUUCAUUUAACAGUGGAAAUGUAGUACUUGUGAGAAGAUGUUUUUUUCAUGUGAAACUGAUUACCUUAAAAUUGUCUGUGAAUUCCGAUUUGUUUUUCCUAAAGACUACUGAUUAAACCUUAUCUAAUGCAUUAAACACACAAUGGUAAUCCUUACAAAA